GUGAAUAGACGUCAGUUGAGAAAGGGAAGUGCUGCCUUUUUGUAUUUCGUCAUCAAAAAAUGUUUUGUAUUUCAUAAUAAAUAAAUAAUAUUUCUGGUGGCAUACAGUGAGUUAAAAUGUGACUAAAGUUCAAGAGCUACUAAUCUAGUAAUAAAGCAGCAUUUUUUUUUUACUACAGGUAGAUCUAUUGCUGAAAUGUGAAUUAGAUUAGUGGAUCUGCCUUCCAGGUUACAGUCCUACAGUUUGGUGUUCAUCAUGGUGGAGAAUUCUCCUUCACCUCUGCCUGAGAGGGCGAUCUAUGGAUUUGUCCUAUUUCUGGGAUCCCAGUUUGCUUUCUUGUAUUAUUUAGUCUGGGCUUAUGUUCCUGAGACCUGGCUACAUGCUGUUGGAUUAACCUACUGGCCCCAGAAAUACUGGGCUCUCGCCUUGCCGGUUUAUCUGCUUGUCACUAUUGCCAUGUGUUUUGUGGUGCUGUUUGGAGUCAAUAUGAUCAACACAGCUCCUCUGUGUUCGGUGGACAACGUCACAGAUCAUUUUGCUAAGGCUCAGCUUCAGGAUCCAGGCCAGAAAGAGGCCAUACCUCGACUGCAAGAUCUGUCGAUUAGUGAAGUCAACCGUCGUUUCUACCUCACACACAAAGAACUCUAAAACCCUCAGACCCGAGCAGCACGAUGCAGUGUCCUUUUGCAUGAUGUCUCAUGUCUCCAAAUUUCUGAUCUGCAUUGAUCCAUAUAGAUGACCAUCAUCCAGCAUUGCUUUUCAUCAGUCCUGGUUUGUGGAGUUUGCUGAGGUUUUAGAUGCACCUUUUCCAUCACUCACUCAUGACAGGACAGACAUUUGACUUUAAGGUGAACCCUCAGCGUAAGGUAUGGUAAACACCUGACCCUCAGAGGUGGAGCCUAAUCACAGCACUGAGCAGUGGGGAAAAGUGCUGGACAAGUACCCAGGGUGAAGGACAUUUCACAGUUUGAUUGAAAGCAAGUAAAAGUAGAAGUGCAAAGGCUUUUUUGUGUUACCAAAAAAAAGAAAGAAAUGUAUUUUAUAGGUCCAUUAAUGUCUAAUUAUGUUUGCUUAUUUAUAGAGGUGUUAUAGGAAGGGGCCAAAAUUAAAUUGCAAUUAUAAGAGAUUGCAGAAUGCUGUCUGGGGUUUACACACUGGGAACAAUAUAAUUUUAUUUAUAUUCAAAAACACAUCAUGUCAACUAUGUACUAGUUUAGUGUAUGUCUUAUCCAUUAGCAGCAGUAGAAAAUCUUUUAAUAAACUGUUGCAUUAAAA